AUGGGAACGUUACUCGUCGGUGCCGCGCGCACGGGCCUAUCCUUGGUGGUAGGCCAAAGCUACCCCGACACCCACGAGCUGGCCGUGUUGGCCGGUGUCACAGGGGUGGCCACCGGAGUCGCGGCCAUGCUGUGUCCGUCUGGGUGGGCGGGCGGCGGCGUCACUGGUCGUGAAUUCGUUGACGCGGGGGUGGUGGUCAUUCUCGUCGUGCUAUUUGAACGAUCCACGGACCCGCGGCGAGUGCUUCUCCACACCGCCCAGCAUGUGGCCGGCCAGCUCCACAAUUACGACCCCUGCGCCGUUCUGGGGGGGCAGGGGGUUGUCUGCGGAAGCGUUGGCGGGGUCACCACGUCCUUGGUAGCCACCACACUGUGGCUACCCCAGUUCCCCCGCGACUCCCUGUGGUUUCAAGCUGGCUACACGUUUGUAGCUACAAUCGUAGCGCAAUGUGGACGCUUCUCCUCUAUCGAGCGGACGCAAUGA